UGCUGCUUGGACUGUUACACAUUGCACUGCCUCUCAGCUCCUCCACGAUCAUCGGGUGACAGCCAUGUCUGAGGAUGCCGACAUGAAGGAUAAACCGGAAGGUGCUAAAGCGAAGGAGGCUGAAGCAAAGGAGACCGAGGCGAAGAACGGAGACGACAAGAUGCCUCCGCCUGCCAAUGGCGACAAGAGUGCAUCGUCGGGAUCAGACGCAAUCAAGGCCGCGGUAAAAGCCGGCAACAUCAACAUACACCAACAAGAACACACGGAGAUCAUGGACCUCUCGGAGGAGAGCAAGGAGGCGCAGCAGGAGCACGCUCGGCUGCUUAAGCAGGUGGAGGCGGAGCGGCGCGCGAGGACCAUGGUGGUGCCCACAAAGACCGAGGACGUCGCCAAUAAGCUCAGGCAGCUGGGGCAGCCUGUUCGGCUCUUCUCGGAGAAUGUCGCCGACAUCCGGGAGCGUCUCCGGAGAUUCAUAGCGGCGUCGGAGAUGGAGGACGAGGAGGCCGAGAAGAUCGAGGGCAUGGUAGCUCCCAAGCCCUCUUUCGUGCCCAGAAAGAUGCAGAUGGGCGGCGAGCCGGCGGCGGGGGCGGCGGGAGCGGCGGGAGCCGCGGGGGCACCGCCGGCGGCGAAAAAAGUGGACGUGGUUUACACCCCUGCUUCGGACGCCCUCCUGGAGGCAAGAGCGGCCAUCGCAACGAUGUCGUUCGGGCGCGCCAAGAGCCGCCUGGCGGGGGCGAAACGGCGCCGGGGGACUCCCGAGGAGGCGUCGGCUGUGGACCGACGCGCGGUGGAAACGUUCUCGACGAUGAAGAACCUAGCCAUCAACUCGAGUCAGUUCGGGGACGACCGACCUCUGUCGGCAAUACAGGUCUCGCCGGAUGGGGGCACCGUAGCUUCGGGAAGCUGGACCUGCCUGGUGAAGCUGUGGGACAUUGAGAACCUGGAGAUGCGCAAGGUGCUGCGAGGGCACAGCGAGAGAGUGACCGGCAUCGCGUGGCAUCCGGAAGCCUACUCCUCGGACAAAACGUUGUUGGCAACCGGCGCCGCGGACAAGACGGCCAAGCUGUGGGACUGCCACACGGGGGAGUGCGUGCAGACUUUUCAAGGUCACGCGGGGCGGCUGGCGAGGGUGGGUUUCCACCCUAGCGGGCGUUACUUGGGCACCGCGAGCUUCGACCACACGUGGAGACUGUGGGACGCGGAGACGGGGGAGGAGUUGCUUUUGCAGGAUGGCCACCACAAGGAAGUGUAUGGGAUUUCCUUCCAAGUGGACGGUGCUCUGGUGGCUACCGGGGACCUAGGCGGGGUGGGCCGUGUGUGGGAUCUGCGGUCGGGCAAGAGCGUGUGGACCAUGGAGGGGCACGUCAAGCGCAUCACGUGCAUGGACUUCUCCCCCUGUGCGUACGAGGUGGCCAGCGGCAGCGACGACCACACGGUCCGGGUGUGGGAUAUUCGGAAGCAACGCUGCUGCUACACCCUGCCGGCCCACAGCGCCUUGGUUGCGGACGUACGGUAUAGCCGCACUUCAGGGGAGGUGCUAGUGUCGGCGUCCUUCGACAGCACCGCCAAGGUCUGGUCCACUAGGGACUGGUCACUCCUGCGCACGCUGUCCGGGCACGAGGGCAAGGCAAGUGUGACGGGCUGCGACGUCUCACCUGAUGAGAGGAAGAUAGCGACCUGCUCGUUCGACAGGACCGUCAAGGUAUGGGCCCAUCAAGACGAGUUCUAAUCACGGGUCAAGUCGUACGGGAGUUGUACGUCAGGAUACACGGUCAAAACGGCGGUGGAGAGUGCCACGCUAGGCCCCUUUCAACUUCCCUUCCCAUGGGGUCUGUUUCUUCUGCAAGUAGACACUUGGAGCCUUUGACACCGUGAUUUGGUCAGGCCGUCAAGGUUGGGCGAACAACAAGACGAGAUUUUUCCAGAUGUAGGCGUAUGGAGGCGAGGGAAGCUGGUCAUCGUUUGGUCGGAUUGCGUGAAAAGGCUGGGCUGUGCUUUGUGCUCAUGUUUGCAGUGUCGAAUGUUGGCCGGCCAAGACGAAUUGUUGAUUGCCGGCAGUAGGGUCUGCGAUGUAGGAGGUCGUUGCUUGUGAGGCAGCCGAGGAGGGGGGAUUGAUACGUGUUCUCUGGAGGUGUAAGCACAGUGAGGAUGUGCAGAUUUUGCUGCAAGCGCCGCAGUUGUGCCAUGCAUAAGGAUGGGAUUCCCAGGUGUCGUGGCAAUCAAUACCCAGCUGCAAAAAUAUUAGUUCCCAGGAUAUGAGUACGAAAUCAAGUCACGGAAAAGUGGAGAUCGGAGAUUCACCGCCACCC